CGAAUACGGAUUUGGGUCUUCGGUUAGUCCUUGGGCGCUUGCUGAUCCAGGAGCUGGUGGGAUUUUGGUUUCUUCCUUCACUCGCGCCAAAGACCCAGGAGAAAGGAUCAAACAAAAGUCCAGCCGGCAGACCUGAGCAAACGCGGCAGGCCAACAAAUUAUCAUUGAGAUAUCUUUUCACUCUCAGGUUGUUAGGUUGGCGUUUUCUUUUCAUCUGUUGUUGUUCUAAGUUUCGGCGCGAGAGAGAGAGAGAUCAAAAUCAUCCCCUUCAGCCUCAGAUAAAUAAGCAUCCGAAAUAUCUGACGUCUUGGCAACGCAGUCCUGUAUAUUUUUCAUUACGGAUAGUUACGGAUUACUUAAACACAAGCAGAAUAACCACUCUCCACUCCACUCAUUGCCGUACGAGGUACGGUAACAAUACGAAUAAUGGCACUCCUGAACGUUAUGGGCGGCAUGGGAUGGAUGCACUGGUAACCAGGUAGUCAUAUUUUCGUAAGUAA